AUGGGAAGAAAACAAUUGCAAUCUGUUCCCUUCCCUGGGGUUGCUCCUCUAGGACUGGCUAGGGAGGGGUGGAAAUCACCCCCAGGCGCAGGGGUGAGCCCAGAGGAGGAAAUGGUAGGGUGGGGCAUUCUGGAAAUGCUGGGUGGUGGUGGGGAUGCCCUCUCAGUGUGGGGCAAGGGAUGGGAAACAGUUAAGCUGGUCUCGGAGAGAUGGGGAAGGCUUUCGGCUGCUUUGCAGAGUUGCCAGUGUGGGCCCUGGCCACCAGGGCUAGCCGUGGACAUGGCCCCGCCCACUUGCCUGCCACCAGCCCUCCCAGCACUUGCCGACUGCCGGAAUGCACACGAUAUAGCACUUGCCCAUCUGCGCUGUCCAGAAGUGGCCCUUGCCAGAGCACUGACUUGCUCACCCCGAGGUGUCCAAGUGCCAUAUGAACUAUGCAAUUUAAAGGGUUGA